AUGGUAGGGGUUCGACGAGAGCGGACGUCUCGCGCUUCCGAGAACCGUUUUCCACGAUCUUUGCCCCGUUUUGGAGGGGUCGCGAGAGCUCGUUCCGCGCCCCCGAUCCUACCGAACGUCCUUGCCGUCCGGGCGGGGAAGGAUGGAUCCUCUCGGGACGUGCGGACCUUGCCAUCGGAGGACCGACAUCGUCUCCUCCGGCGGGAUCGUGUUUCCGCGUCGGCCCGACUUCGCGGAAAAGAACGGCACACGGCACGAGAGCCUCCAGUUCCUCGAGGUCCAUCGUUCGUCGCUUCGUUCCUUUCUCGCGGUUUUGUCGAUUUCCCCGGUCGGGGUGCCCGACUGGGAUCCGAGAAGGUCCACCGACCCGACGUCCUCGAGGAUUCUCCUCGGAAUUCUCGAGUAUCACCGGCCUCGGUCCGGGCUCCUACUCCCGAUGUCGACUUCGUCGAGAGCUGGAAAGAAACGGAACGACGGGCGCUCGAUAUCUCUCCGGGUCUCCUCGACCACUUCACCGUUACGUCAUUCCCGGACAGCUGGGACCGUUCUCGUCGCGCUGGGGCCAGCGAUGGACCUACAAUUAGAACCCGGAAAGAGAAGCGCCACCCGUCGAAGGCGUCCCGAGUCGGAUCGCCAGAAGACCGACGAGACGAGGUCCGGGUCGAACUUUUGGUCGAGGACCUAGCCAUGCCCCUCGUCUCGGCCCACCCAAGGGACUAUCGACCGACUCGGCACCGACCCACCGACCGGUCGCGCUUCCAUCUCUUCCUCGACCCUUUCGCACGAUCGGUCCUGACGAUGGCGAUUCGCCUCCGAGCGAAUCGUCUCGAUCGCGCGAUCGCCUCCAGGAAAAACAAGGACGGCGUUCGCCCGUUCGAUCGCUGUCGCCGAAUCGCGAUGCGGGUCUCUCUCGCGGCACCGCAUGGGAACGGACAGAUGCGGACUGCGUGGAGAUCCGGGAGGAUGUCGCCGUUCUCACGGAUCAACAUGAAUCGUGUUUUCUUCUCCGUCGUUUUUGCCCUUGCCCUCCUCGGGCAGGGCUUCGCCUCGCCGUUCCGCUUCUCCCCCCAGAUGAAGCGAGAUCGGCUGAUGGCCUUCCGGAUGCUACCCCGAAUCAUGCAGAACGUGGAACGCGACCUGAGCCAGGAUCUCCUGGAUCUGCUCAUGCAAUUGCAGGAAAUGAUGCAGAACGGGGACCCAGAGAACGGAAUCCCCGUCCUCGACCCCUUCCUUUGGGAACAUUUCGAGACCACUUUCGACACCGAGCAGGUCGAGCUCGCCUUCUCCAUCGACGGGCUGGACAUGCGAGGCCUGUCCAACUUCGAGGUGACGAACGUGGAAUUCGACAUCCUUUCCCUUCGAGUGGACGUCGCUGCCAACUGGCCGCAGCUGGACAUCAAGGCCGACCAUUAUUUCCUGGACGGAACCUUGCUCGGUCUCCUGCCUCUCUUCGGCGAGGGAUACAUCGACAUGUCCAUUCUCGAAUUCGCCAUCGAUGGGGGUGCCUCCUUGGUUGCUCUCCCAGGUGAGAAAAACACGUAUCGAAAUCAUUCGAUAUCGGUCGGGGAGCUGUCCUUCUCGAUGACAUUCGGUGAGCUGCAGGGCGUGAUCGACGGCCUCCUGGGCGGAGGCGAACUCAGCGACGUCCUCAACGAAAUCCUCAAUAUGAUGGGUGCGGAACUCUUCAACUCCGUCCUCCAGAUGGCCGCAGACGACAUCGCCGUCCUCGUCCAGGGUUUUCUCAAUCAGAUGUUGGAGGGGAUGACCUUGCAAGAUCUCCUCGGGCUGAUGCCGUUGAAGGAGAUCGCGUGGGAGGAGGACGUGAAGGAGUUCUUCGCCGUAGCCAAGCAACGAGAGCUGGAACGGAGCAACGCCAACGAUUACGUGGACGCGCUCCUCGAGAACGCUCAGGAAUUCAUAAUCGAAAACGGAUUUGACAACUUCGCUCUCCCCGAUCUCAUCGAGCAAUUCAGCGAGGAAUUCCUGUGGAUCGAAUGGCACGGAGAGGCGUCCCUCACGCAAGGGUUCCUCAGGGGACUGGAGACCAUACAUCGAACGGGGGACGCGACCCUGGACACCAGCGGCAACACCAUCACCAUCGCCGCCAACAUCGGCUUCAACGUCAUGGAGGCCGGAUACCGCAUGCACGUGGACUUCAUGGACAUCGGUAUCGACCUCGAUGCCGCCGUCACCAUCCAGGACGUCACCGCUUACUUUAAGCGGUCUCGGCUUCCUCGACUUCCUGCUCGAAGCCGUGAGAAGGCGACGCUGAUCAUCGGGGAGACCUUGGAGAUCACGAUCGACGAACUGGACGUCACGAACCAAGGCAUCAUCAACGUGGAUUUCAGCGGUCUCGGCUUCCUCGACUUCCUGCUCGAAGCCCUGUCGUGGAUCGUGGUGAAUCUGUUCGGAGGACUCAUCAUCGACGCCAUCGAGGGUCCCAUCAAGGACGCCCUGGAGAACGCCCUCAGCGAAAUCCUACCCUUCAAAUACAUCGUGUGAAACUCUGGUCCGAAAAUACAUCACUUCUGACCGUUCCGAGCA